AUGCAGGAGAACGUCCGACUCAAAUACUGCGAUCUUUCGUGGAAUGGGUUUACUGGAAUUGGUGCAAUGGAACUAGCUCUGGCAAUAAGCGAGAACUUCAGUUUGAAGGAACUCCGAAUUCGAAACAAUAAAAUUGGUUCGCGUCCAGUCGGCCAGCCAUAUAUGAUCAGUGACCCCAUAGUGUCGGAAGCAGCCUUUCAGAUAACUUGUGGAGAGGCGUUUGGCAGAGGCCUUGUGACAAAUGCAAACCAGGACGGCCAGCUGGAGCUAAUUGAUCUGUCAGGAAAUCCAUUAAAGGCAGGGGCCUUGCUCACUCUGCUCACUUGCAUAGCCAAAGCGGAUUCCACAAAAUUAAAGUCUCUUGGAUUACAGGCAACAAAGUACAUAUAA